AUGAGCAAGGUCACCAAAACCAAGACUAAAACAAAGACUGGCAAGACAAAGGGCAAGAGUGGCAGCAACAAGAAGAGCAGCAGUGGUGGCAGCAAGGGCAAAAGUGCCAGCUCCAAGAAGAAGAGUGGCUCAAAGAAGAGCGGCAGCAAAGCGGGCAAAACUACGACACCGAAACAUCACCACCAUCACCACCACCAUCACCACAAACGCCAUGGCCCCUCGAUUACUUCCAAGUCCCGUGCCAAUCGAACCACGUCACGAGCGAGCAGUCGAAACAAGGACUCGGCGGCGCACAAGUUUGUGAUGAAAGGCAAGGAGCCACCGGCAGCCAAGGACGGCAUUCUCAGUCCGUCCCGUUUGCAGGCCGACGAGAUGACCACAAUCUACGCGGUGCCUAAUGAUAACUUCAAAACAGAAGAGGACGUUGUCAAGUACAAUGGAUAUGAAAUCAUGGAGCAAAUCGGCAAGGGUGGCUUUGCAGUGGUCUUCAAGGCGAAGAACACCAAGACCGGACAACUGGUCGCCUGCAAAACGGUCAAAGUUGCUAACAAUGACGCCGUCACUGAGAUGAAAAAUGAGCUCUUUAUCAUGGAAAUGGUGGACAAUCCGUUUGCAGUGAAGCUGUUCUUGCACUUUCUUGUCAAUGAGAAACUGUAUAUUUUCAUGCAACUAGCUGAUGCGGGCAGCUUUGGAAAAAUGCUGGAAAAAGGCGGUGCCCUCGAUGAGAAGGAUUCCAAGUUCUACUUUGCACAAAUGGCCUGCGGUGUCGAUCACAUGCACCAGUGCAACAUUGCACACCGAGAUAUUAAGCCAGCGAACUUUCUCAUGGCUGAACAUCAAAGUGGGAAGAAGAUCGUGAUGGUCUCCGACUACGGCCUGAGUCGAGUGGUGCACAAGAACGGCAAUGAACCGGUCAUGUACACAACACAAUGCGGCACACCGGCUUACAUGGCCCCUGAAAUUUUGUCCGGUUCCGAGUACAACUGCUACCUCGUGGACGUUUGGAGCUUGGGCGUCACCUUGUACGCAAUGCUCAAUCUGAAGACUCCUUUUAAUGUGGAUACGGACGACUAUGGAGUGAAGGCAAUGACAGAGAAGGAGUGGGACUUUUCGGAGGACAUGAAGGCGCCACCUUCUGCCGAUCUCAAGUCCAUCAUGGACGGUGUACUCGAGCCAGACCCAGCCAGUCGUCUGGACAUGAAAGGCAUGAUGGGGCACAAGUGGCUGGCAGCUGAUGUGGAGGCAGUGAAGAAGCUGCCCGCCACCGCUGGCAAAAGUGCCAAAAAGUGA